AUGGAGGAGCUGGACGCGCUGCUGGACGCCGCGUACGCGCGCGCCGCCGAGCUGCAGCGCGCGCAGGACCCGGAGGCGGAGCUGCGCCAGCUGCUGGCGCCCGUGCGCGAGCUGUUCGCGCAGCGUCUGCGCCGCGAGAGCGCCGGCAGCAGCAGCAGCAGCGGCGGCGGCAGUUCGUCGAGUCUGCCGAGCGAGCCGGCGCCCACGCGGCCGCUGGGCUACAUGGGCAAGCUGCAGGCGCUGGUGGCGCGCUCGCCGCCGGCCGUGAGGCGCUCGACGCUGCUCAGCAGCGGCAAGAAGAGCGUGCAGCAAGACGUCAAGCCCCAGACGUACCUUAACGGGGCGGCCACCAGGCUACACGCGCUGGUCACGGGCAGCAAGACGCUGUCGGCCAACUCGCUGCGCGGUAAGCAGCAGCAGAGCGAGGCGGCCGUCCGCAUCCAGGCGCUCGUCAGGGGCAAGACCCAGAGGCAGACGCUCACGAGGCAGCACAGCAUCAUGGUGCAGGGCACCAAGGUUUUGAAGAAGUACGUGUUGAAGACGGACAGAUUCCCGAACUGCCACGAGCUGGAUACGCCGCAUGGCGAUGUUGCGCCGAACUUUAGGAGGUUGGAAGGCACGCCGCUGUAUGGAUCUGCACAACCGUCGCUGGAAGCGGUGAUUUAUGUGAACGGGAUGCCGUUCACGGCGCGGCGUAGUGCGAAGCUCAAUGAGAACGAUUUGGUGCCGGGAAUCACGGGACACAAAAUCCAGGUCCUGGAAUCGUCCUUGAAGAGCAGUCUUCAGGAGGAGCUGAAGGCGGCGGACAACCGCUUUGAAUACUGGAACGAGGUGGCUCUGAGAGAGAAUGAGCUCGUGGUGGGCACCGCACAGCCUGAUCAUGUAUUGACACUGCCUGAGUUGUACGAAAGCACCGAUGUGGCUAAAUACAACGACGCCAUUCAAAGCGUGGUGUACCGCCGAGUCCCCAUCGAACGGGAGAAUGCACCAGAGCAUGGAGAUGUCGAAAUGCUGAUGAACCUGAUGGAUGCGACCGAAGACGAUGGAGCGACUGCCUUUGUGUUCAACUGCCAAAUGGGCAAGCGCCGUACGACGACAGCGAUGGUAAUCGGUCGGCUUAUCUGCCAGCGGCAUACUCUGGAUGUUAAUAGCUUGACGUUGGAGACAGAAGAGGAGCGCGAGAAUCAGACCGAAUCUGGCAACUUUGCUGUCAUCCGCGAGGUACAAACACGGCUAAAGAAUGGCAGGGAGGCGAAGCGGUGGGUGGACGCUGCCAUCGACGAGUGUGCCACCAUCUGCAACAUCCGCACGGUCAUCAACGAGUACCACGACUUGUCCAAUGCUGAAGCGAAGCCAGCGAAGCGGUCGUACUACCUGCACCACGCCAUGAGUUUCCUGGAGAGAUACUUCUACCUGAUUGUAUUCGGCAACUACAUGAUAGAGACCCACCAGAAGCCCAGCGGAGAGGAGCCCGCCCCAGACGCCGAGGAAGAAAAUGCCCAUCCAUCAUUCUCCAAGUGGCUCCAGCAACAUCCGAACCUGUUCCGCUUGCUGGAUGACCUGGGUGGAGUGCGCUACAAGUCUGACAAGGUGCUGACUGACUGUGUCCUGAAAAUGGACCACUUCUUCGGCAUUGCUCGCAUCCCGUUUGAGCUGACGACAAACGUCCCGAACUAUCGACGCAUUUCAAACGAGCCGAUCUUUGGCACGGCCCAGUGCCUAGAGCAGGGAAUUAUCGACGUUGUGGAGCAUUUGCGUGGCGAGUUCGACCGCGCGAUCUGGAUUAACUUGCGUGAGGAAGCGGUCAUUUACGUCACCGGUCGCCCGUUCUGCGUGCGACAUCAGAACGACCUCAUGGUAAACGUGGAGUAUCCGGGUAUUGAGGUGGACGAGAUCACGGCGAUCGAGCGGCAGGUCAAACUCGAGCUGCAGACGAAGGUCAAGAAGGACAACGGUUUGUUCAUGUAUUGGUACGAGCCUCGCGAGAUGGUCAACGACGAGACGAUGGAGCACAUUAACCCACAGCUGGAUGUGAAGACACUGACCGAAGUUUACGAGGACGCGACGCAACAAACAGAAUUCGACUUGCGCUAUGCUCGUAUCCCAGUGUCGGACGAGACUGCACCGGAAGAGAAGGACUUGGAUGAUAUGGUGCGCCUGCUAUUGCCUGCGUUUAUGAACGAGUUGGGACUGGUGCUGCCGUCAGAAACAAAGUCGGCGGCGCAGAAGAAGCUGAAGACGGCUGUCAUCUGCAACUGCCAAAUGGGGCGUGGCCGCACUACGACGGCUCUUGUGUGCGUGUACAUGCUGCGUGUGGUGCUUGAGGACAGCGCGUCUUCGUCCAAGCCGACUUUGCUGAAGGAGAUUCUUGGUGCAAGAGCUGCGGGACAUCGACGCCAGUCCGCUGCAAUCACCGCCGAGUUCGUGGUGAUCCGCAAGUUGCUCAAAACGCUGGAUAACGGCUCCGACUGCAAGCUGUUGGUUGACUACGCCAUCGACCAAUGCGAGCACAUGCAGAACCUGCGCGACUGCAUCAGCCAGUGCCGCGACCUGGCGAUCGACCGUGACCUCCCGAGCACCAAGCGCGACUUCUUCAUGCUGCGGGCGGUGAACUACCUGGAGCGCUACUUCUACCUGGUGUGCUUCGCCUCGUACCUGCUGGAAGAGCGUGUGCACUUUUUCCAGCGCAGCCUGUUUGUCACGUGGAUGAACGAGCGCUACGGCAGCGCGUUGUAUGAGCUGCUGGACAACCUCUGCUUUGAGGAGGAAAUUGGCGCCGAGACGCACGUGUCCUCGAUGCGCUGGCGUUGGCGCCGCAAACGCAAGCUCGUCUCGCGAUUGGAGUAA